AUGGAUCGAUGGAUGGGUAAAGUUGCUCUCGUUACGGGUGCAAGCGCCGGAAUUGGAGCCGCCAUUGCCGAAGAAUUAGCCAAAAAAGGAUUAAGAGUAAUUGGAUUGGCGAGAAGAAUUGAAAAAGUUGAAGAAUUAAAAGAAAAACUUGGAAGAAUAAAGGGAGAACUUGUUCCGUGGAAGGGAGAUAUAACGAAACAAGAGGAAAUAGCACGAACUUUCCAGUGGAUAAAACAUAAAUUUGGAACAAUACACGUUUUGGUGAACAAUGCUGGAAUCGCUCGUCAAGAAAUGUUGAUAGAUGGAAAAAUAGAACAUUUUAAAGAAGUUCUCGAUGUAAAUGUUUUAGGCUUAACUAUUUGCACUCAACACGCUUACAAAUUAAUGAAAGAAACAGGAGUUUAUAAUGGCCAUAUAAUAAACAUAAACAGCAUUGCAGGUCAUCAAAUACCGAAUACGGAAAUUCCAAAAUUUAAUAUUUAUGCAGCGAGUAAAUAUGCAGUCACAGCAUUGACGGAAACAUUAAGACAAGAAUUAAGAUAUUUAAAAUCGAAAAUUCGCGUUACCAGCAUCAGCCCCGGAAUGGUUGAAACGGAUAUAAGAGAUUCUUGUUUAACUCCAGGAGCUUUAGAAGCAUUAAACGAUGAUGUUAAUAAAAAAUCAAUGACCACCGCAAUACUUAAGCCAAAGGAUAUUGCCGACAGCGUUUUAUACGUUUUAGCAACUCCUCCACACGUUCAAAUACACGAAUUGACAAUCAAACCCCUCGGAGAAGUUUUUUAA